AUGCCGAUCUCGCCGGGCGCCAGAAAUACAUCCGCGAAUUCGUUGUGGUCAAAACAAGAUACUAGCUAUGACCAGCGGAAUGGCUUGAUGUUCACGUUGUCGAAGCAAGGUAGCACCACUAUAGCAAUGGAAAUACUCGAGUACCGUGAUUCCCCGGGCGGCGGCACUCGCUUUUGGCAUGGCAUCCCUGUUUGCGGAUCCUACCCCUCUCAACGUGGUAGUCCCGCCCUAAGCCUCCAAUGCAUACCAAAAUCUAGUUUCUCUUGGCGGAUGAAUGAGCUCCCCGAGUCCCCUAUCUUUCGCAAACUCUGUCCUUCUGACGUCCAGGAGAAGGACAUUGGAGCUCAAUACCGCGCAGAACUUUAUGCACGAUGUGCUCGUGGUGACCAUGAUGUUGAGAAAAGAUACGGCCCCUGUGGUAUCAUAACCGCAAUCAUGUGCUUUCCCUGUGGAUUGAUAUGCCUCUUCAGCGACGUUACGAAGAAAUGUGCGCGCUGUGGUACGGUGAUCACUUAA